AUGUAUAAAAACACCGAUUUCAAUCCACAGACGUACAGUGAAAGAAAUGAUCACAGUUAUUUGUUCCAGCCAACCAAGUUUUCUUCUAGCUUAGACAAUUCUGACUUAACCAAAAGUAGAGUGAAGGUUUCAUCAAAUCUACAUGCUUCGACGUCUGUUUUUUCGGAUCAUCAGGUGGCAGAACCAUUAUGUUUACCACCAAUCAUCGAAGACUUAGCCCCGUCCCGAAGUUCUGUAUUGAGCACCACAAUUUUGUGUGAGCAUAAAGGAUACGGUCCCCUGAAUUCCAAGAUAGAUGAUGUUCCCCAAACUGCUAUUUUUAUUGUUGACAAUAUGACGCAAUCAUCAGCAACUUUGCUCAGCAUGUCCCCUGUACCAACUUCAAAAGUCUUAGUCAAUAGCAAAGCUGAAAGACAGCAGGUCGAACAACCUAAGCAUAUAGUGUCACCUGAAGCAAUUCGGGAGGCAUUAAAAGAGGAAAAAGAAGAAGCAUUGGGACAGAGUGAAACAAGACCAUUCUCUCAAUAUCCUUCUUUUCACACCUUAAAACAGCGAAGAUACUCUUAUGAAACGAAAACCACAUAUAGCAGCAACACAAUUCUACCCCAUGUAGACGGCCUAGUUACAGAGAAAGCAGAUACUGCUAUGUCUCAAGUUGCGCAUCAUAAUAUGGAGAGUAGUGUUAAACAAAUAUUCCAAAAAGAGCCAGAUGUAAUGUCUUUAACACAAACCAAUGCACAUGCUAUCAGCAUAUCUACCUCUGAGCAUAAUUUAGAUCAUCCACCAACUGCUCACAGUAACCCAGGAGAAAGGUUAAAAAGGCCUCCAAACGCAUACCUGUUAUUCAACAGAGACAUGCGUAAAAAGUUACUGAACUCUUCGCCUAAAAUGUCAGUAGCUGAGAUAAGCAAAGAAAUAGGCGAAACAUGGAAAGCCCUGUUGAGCGAAGAACGACAGCUUUACGUGAAUGAAGCUUCAAUGUUAAAGCAAGCACUCCGCGAGAAAUAUCCUAAUUUAGCAUACAAUCGACGAUCUAAAGCAGAACUUGCUGAAGCUAAACGGCUUACAAAGUACGGCAGAAAAAAAAAGAACCACAGCUGUUGUCUUCAGAAACAUCUACUCACAGUCAACAACGCUACCAUUGAUACCGAUAAGCAAACAGCAUAUCAAGGAGCAGUAGCACCAGCGUCAGCCAACAUACACUGUCUAACCAAAUGUGCUGAGUGUAUCAAUAGUUCCGCAUCAAAAAGAAUCAAAAAAAUGACUAAUCAUCAAAAAGAUCCCCGAGGCCGUAAAAAAAAGAAAACAAAGCACCCGCUUGCACCAAAGCAUCCGAUGUCUGCUUAUUUAUUUUACUUGGCAUCCGUUUACACGGAGGUGUCAUUGAAAUUCCCUGGCUCCACUGUGGGACCUAUUAGCAAGUCCAUAUCGCAGACAUGGCAUGCCAUGUCGCCAGAAGAGCGUUCGCCUUGGAAACAAAAGGCAGAUCUCGAUAAGGCUCGAUACGCCCGGGAGAUGCAAGAGUAUAUGGCACAGACUAAUAGCCAUAAUUCCGACUUUUGA